AAGGAACCAGAAGACUUUAGCGCUCGGUGAAUUCAGAAAACCCGGUGUGAUCGGUUAACAAACCCGGCCUUUUAAACUCGCUGCCUUUGGAAAUGGGGCUACUGUUCGCCAAACUGAUGACUGUUUUCGGAGAUAGAGAACACAAAGUAAUUAUUGUCGGUUUGGACAAUGCUGGGAAGACCACCAUCCUCUACCAGUUUUUAACUAAAGAAGCCGUGCAGACUUCUCCCACAAUUGGCAGCAACGUAGAGGAGAUCGCCGUAAAGAAAACACGCUUCCUCGUCUGGGACAUUGGCGGCCAGGAGAAUCUCAGAGCUACCUGGAACUCGUAUUACUGUAACACAGAGAUUAUCAUCCUGGUUGUUGAUAGCACUGAUCGAGAACGCCUGACUGUUACUAAAGAUGAGCUUCAUCGAAUGCUUGCACACGAGGAUCUGCAGAACGCAUCUGUGCUGGUUUUGGCGAAUAAGCAGGACAUGAAGAACAGUAUGUCUGCUGCAGAGAUCUCUCAGAGUCUGACCCUCAGCUCGCUCACCGCUCGUUCCUGGCAUGUCCAGGCCUGCUGCGCACUCACUGGAGAGGGUUUACCAGCCAGUCUAGACUGGAUGCGCUCCCGUGUUGUGGCGAAUUAGUCCAGCAGCGGUGCUUCUUAAACCUCUGGAACUGUUGAAAGAGAGAUUAGGCCUUCUUUGACUUUUAUCCAGCUCUCAGUGCCUCUCGGAGUAAUACUGAAAUAAUGCUGAAGUCAGGAGGAACACACCUCAUCCACCUACUCUGGAAACCAGAAUGAGCCUGGAAGACUCUCUGUGUGUGAGAGAAUGUGUAUGUGUGUAUACACGUUUGUGUUUGGACAUUAUGUGACUCCGUUCUAGAGGUCCACAUGUUUACAUUACAGACUUCUGAAAUGAUCUGACAUGAUCAUGAUGAUUUGGUGCCGCUGUAUUCACCUCUGGCUGUGCCGACGGCUCCGCUUCCCAUGUGGAGUAAUUGUCUACAGGCAGCCAUCUGAGAGGGGGAGGGUGGCCGUACUGAUCCGUGAUGAGCCGCUAAGCUAUUGAACAACAUUACUUGAAAAAGUAUUUAAAAGGAAUUGAUUUGUGUAUGUUGUGCAGAUGUGUGCAUGCAGAAUGGAACAUAGUGUUCAAGUAUUUUAUUCUGGAAGUAGACAGACUUGAUAUUCAUAGUAUGUUUUCUUAUAUAAUUUUGUACAAAAAAGUUUUGUACAAAUAAAAAUCUACUAAAAACUUG